AUGAGGGGCACUCCAACGGGACCAAUGGGUCGACAAAUCACCUCGUCCGAACAAAUGGAAACACUUCCACGAACAGGGACAACGGCCUCCCAGUGCCAUGGCACGUGGGCAAGAACUGGGGGAUCUACUGAAGUGGCGGCCGUGUCUCCAUGCCUCAGCAAAUUAGGCGUGCACAUUGGCUCGGUCAAGGUGAAUCUCGGCCACGCAGAGGGUGCCGUGCGCCUUGUCAGCGUUAUAAAGGCUGUUCCUUCCUUGGAAAACUGCAUUAUCUCCCUAACACCUCACAUUCCUCUCGUGCAGCGCUGGGACAACCGACAGACACAAGCUCUUCGUGAAUGA